AUGCAUGGAGCUCCGAUCAGAACGAUCACCGAUAACUUGGCACCACGAUCCAUGGUAACCGAGGAUCCGAUAACUGGCGAGAAGAAGUGGAUUGGCUUCGUGGCCAAUUUGCUGAACAACUUCAUUGAAAAGGUUAACGCAACCUUGGCCAUGCAGUCCGAAUUGGCCGAGGUGGAGGGAACAAUAUUCUUUGUGAAUAUUUCGAAGUGGACUGCAAACGAUCUGCUGGAUAUCGGUAUGAGCGUGGACACCACUGGGGAAAUGACAAACUUCGAUACGUUCACGUAUCCCUAUCUGAUGUGCUCUUACUGCUUCAUGGUGCCGCUUCCGGAUAAGAUUCCCUACAACGAGGUGUACGGUGUGAUUAUAGACCCCGGUGUCCUGGCCUUGAUCUUUCUUAUAUUCUGCGCCUUCUCGGUGUUGCUGAUCCACAUCCAGGGGAGGUCCUUGAGUCUGACCAGUGUCCUGAUGAACGAUAUGUGCUUGAGGGGCUUUCUGUGUCUGCCCUUUCCCUUUCCGCGUCAAUGCAGCAGGAAACUGAAGCUGAUGUGCUUGCUUCUGUGCUUUGCUAGUCUAAUGACCACUACUAUGUAUGGGGCUUAUUUAAAAGCCUUCUUGUACAGCCCACCACCACAGCCGAUGAUGCACUCAUUUAGCGAUUUGGAAGGGUCCCAGUACAAGAUUGCCAUGAUUGCCGAGAUGGAUAUGCUGAGAUUCGAUAACAAUCGAAUCCUUCCGCACGUAAGCAACGAGCGGGUCGAGAUCUUCAAGGACUACCAUGAAUUCGUUAGGUUGCGGGAGUCCUUCAAUAACAACUAUGUCUUUCCGGUGACCAGUGUGCGCUGGGGCACUUAUGACGAGCGGCAAAAGCUCUUAUUUAAUCCUGUAUUCUACUACUCCGAUGAAAUCUGCCUUAGCCGCGACAACAUACUUAGCUUUCCCAUCAGACGCCACCUGCCAUAUCGCAAUCUCUUCGAGGAACACAUCCUGCGGCAGAAGGAGUUUGGUCUGCUGCAACACUGGAUCGACCACAGUUUCCUAGACAUGUUGAGGCUGCAACUUACUCCACAUACGGACUUGAGGGAGCCUCCAGUGGAACUGGCCAUCGAUGUGGAUGAUCUCUACUGGAUUCUGGGCUUGUACGCCUUGGCACUGGGAAUCUGUUGCUGUUGCUUUGCACUGGAGAUUCUGGGAGCUUUAAAUCACUGGAAUCGCCUGAAAAUAUAUAUUUCGAAGCGCUUUACAAAUUAA